ACAAGAUGCCAGAAACCACGAGAACGGUUGUAGUAACAGGGUUUGGCCCAUUUGGCAACUACAAGGUGAAUGCGAGUUGGGUGGCUGUGCAGGAGUUGAAGAAGCUCGGGCUUGGAGACGACAUCCAGCUGGUUAUUGAAGAGAUUCCCGUUGAAUACAAUUCGGUACAAAAUAUUCUGCCAUCAUUCUGGGAAAAACACCAACCUCUGCUUGUCGUUCAUGUCGGGGUGUCGGGUCUGGCCACAGAGCUGACCCUGGAACAACAGGCACAUAACAGUGGCUAUGACAAAAUCGAUGUGUGUGGCGAGCAUCCCACAAUGCAUUGCUGUGUCGAAGGGGCCGAUGAUUGCCUGGUCUCAGAAAUCGAUAUGAAAUAUGUGUGCGCUGAGGUUAAUAAUUCUGGAUUAAAGGUCAAGGCUGUUGUGUCACAUGACCCUGGAAGGUAUCUCUGUGAUUUCUCUUACUACGUAUCUCUACACAUCGAUCGAUAUCGCUCAGCCUUUAUUAGUUUUCGCUGGUUUUGUUUCAGGUAUCUCUGUGAUUUCUCUUACUACGUAUCUCUACACAUCGAUCGAUAUCGCUCAGCCUUUAUUAGUUUUCGCUGGUUUUGUUUCAGGUAUCUCUGUGAUUUCUCUUACUACGUAUCUCUACACAUCGAUCGAUAUCGCUCAGCCUUUAUUAGUUUUCGCUGGUUUUGUUUCAGGUAUCUCUGUGAUUUCUCUUACUACGUAUCUCUACACAUCGAUCGAUAUCGCUCAGCCUUUAUUAGUUUUCGCUGGUUUUGUUUCAGGUAUCUCUGUGAUUUCUCUUACUACGUAUCUCUACACAUCGAUCGAUAUCGCUCAGCCUUUAUUAGUUUUCGCUGGUUUUGUUUCAGGUAUCUCUGUGAUUUCUCUUACUACGUAUCUCUACACAUCGAUCGAUAUCGCUCAGCCUUUAUUAGUUUUCGCUGGUUUUGUUUCAGGUAUCUCUGUGAUUUCUCUUACUACGUAUCUCUACACAUCGAUCGAUAUCGCUCAGCCUUUAUUAGUUUUCGCUGGUUUUGUUUCAGGUAUCGCUGUGAUUUCUCUUACUACGUAUCUCUACACAUCGAUCGAUAUCGCUCAGCCUUUAUUAGUUUUCGCUGGUUUUGUUUCAGGUAUCUCUGUGAUUUCUCUUACUACGUAUCUCUACACAUCGAUCGAUAUCGCUCAGCCUUUAUUAGUUUUCGCUGGUUUUGUUUCAGGUAUCUCUGUGAUUUCUCUUACUACGUAUCUCUACACAUCGAUCGAUAUCGCUCAGCCUUUAUUAGUUUUCGCUGGUUUUGUUUCAGGUAUCUCUGUGAUUUCUCUUACUACGUAUCUCUACACAUCGAUCGAUAUCGCUCAGCCUUUAUUAGUUUUCGCUGGUUUUGUUUCAGGUAUCUCUGUGAUUUCUCUUACUACGUAUCUCUACACAUCGAUCGAUAUCGCUCAGCCUUUAUUAGUUUUCGCUGGUUUUGUUUCAGGUAUCUCUGUGAUUUCUCUUACUACGUAUCUCUACACAUCGAUCGAUAUCGCUCAGCCUUUAUUAGUUUUUUGCUGGUUUUGUUUCAGGUAUCUCUGUGAUUUCUCUUACUACGUAUCUCUACACAUCGAUCGAUAUCGCUCAGCCUUUAUUAGUUUUCGCUGGUUUUGUUUCAGGUAUCUCUGUGAUUUCUCUUACUACGUAUCUCUACACAUCGAUCGAUAUCGCUCAGCCUUUAUUAGUUUUCGCUGGUUUUGUUUCAGGUAUCUCUGUGAUUUCUCUUACUACGUAUCUCUACACAUCGAUCGAUAUCGCUCAGCCUUUAUUAGUUUUCGCUGGUUUUGUUUCAGGUAUCUCUGUGAUUUCUCUUACUACGUAUCUCUACACAUCGAUCGAUAUCGCUCAGCCUUUAUUAGUUUUCGCUGGUUUUGUUUCAGGUAUCUCUGUGAUUUCUCUUACUACGUAUCUCUACACAUCGAUCGAUAUCGCUCAGCCUUUAUUAGUUUUCGCUGGUUUUGUUUCAGGUAUCUCUGUGAUUUCUCUUACUACGUAUCUCUACACAUCGAUCGAUAUCGCUCAGCCUUUAUUAGUUUUCGCUGGUUUUGUUUCAGGUAUCUCUGUGAUUUCUCUUACU